UGUGACGUAUAGAGUUGCUUUGACUGAGGUAUGUUGUGACGUAUAGAGUUGCUUUGACUGAGGUAUGUUGUGACGUAUAGAGUUGCUUUGACUGAGGUAUGUUGUGACGUAUAGAGUUGCUUUGACUGAGGUAUGCUGUGACGUAUAGAGUUGCUUUGACUGAGGUAUGUUGUGACGUAUAGAGUUGCUUUGACUGAGGUAUGCUGUGACGUAUAGAGUUGCUUUGACUGUAGUAUGUUGUCUUGUACAAUGUUUUAUGUUGUUUUAUCAGCAAUUUUGGAGGUUUUCAAGCAACAGUCGCAUUUCAAAGGCUUUGUUCGUGGUGUUCCUGGGUCGAAUUCACAAAUUAUUAAUUCUCGCUACACCUUACGUCAACAUGCUGGAGAGCAGAUUGUAUAACGUGGAGUUGGAAAGUGCCGUGGAGAGUGAGCUUGGGACGACAAUUCCAGGAAUCGAAAGAUGUAAUUGUCCAACUGGUUAUACUGGUUAUUCAUGUGAGAGCUGCGCAAUGGGUUACACUUUGAGUGCUUCAUCUUUCAUUCUCGGAAGUUGUGUAAAAUGCAGAUGUCAUAAACAUGCAAGAUUCUGCAAUCCACUAACUGGCGAGUGCGAGAACUGUCAAAACAAUACGACAGGGAAAUAUUGUGAAAGAUGUAAACCAGGUUUCUAUGGCAACGCAAGGAACGGUUCUCCAUGUCAACCAUGUCCUUGUCCCCGUAUUGAGAACAUAAGCAGUACUGAAGAAGAAACGACAUGUUCUCUGGGGGAUGAUGGUGAACCAGUGUGUGAUAGGUGUCCAGAGGGACACGAAGGGAAACUUUGUAACAGAUGCCAGAAAGGUUUUACUGGUAACCCUAAAGUUCCUGGUGAAGUUUGCACGCCAGUGUCAUCUUGCGGGUGUAGUCAUGCUGGUACAGAGAGAUGUGAUGAGCAAACACAAACUUGUAUUUGUAAGGCAAAUGUUCAUGGUGAAAAAUGUGACGAGUGUAAAAGAGGAUUUUUCAAUUUGCAAUCUGGUAACAAAGAUGGUUGUUCUCCAUGCUUCUGCAUGGGUCUUAACACAACUUGUUCAAUAUCCCCUGAAAAACCAGAUAAUAUCAAGUUCACUCCAAGACAUCCUUUACCGUCCGAUUUAAUUAUAACAACGGAGAAUUUUUCACAAAAUACCUCUGAUUAUCUUCUGGACAGGCGUAUUAAACAGGUGCGAUUUAUGUACAAAUCAUGGAUGGCAAUGUCAAAUAUCUUCUGGAGGAUACCACGUACAUUCGUGGGUAACAAGCUACAGUUUUAUGGUGGAUCGUUGACAUUUUAUUACUUCUAUCUCACUACGUCCAGUAAAAAUUUCGAAAUAGAAAGAUUCAUAACGAUGAAGGGAAAUAGUAUGACAUUACAUUACAAAGAACACACUCUCGUUCCAGCUAACAUGAACAAAAAAAUCGAAAUCUUACUGUCAGAGCGUUUUUGGUUCAAAGCCAACGGACAUUCUGUAUCACGUGAUGAGUUUAUGAGAGUUCUUAUCAACAUUGAUUCCAUAUUAAUACCUGUGACUUACAGCAGUAAAUUCUCCGAAUCAAGACUGGGUGACGUCACGCUCAUGUCUGCAAACGACAGGACGAACGCUGGUAAACCGGAAAUGUGUGACUGUCCCGAUAAUACUAUUGGUGCAUCUUGUGAGAGUUGCGUCACUGGUUAUUCACGUAAUGGUAAAACAACUUCGUUUUGUACCCCCUGUCAAUGUAAUUCGCAUGCAACAGACUGUGAUCCUACGACAGGUGUUUGUAAGGACUGCAAGAACAACACUGAUGGAAUUCAUUGCGAAAUUUGCUCUCGAGGAUUUUAUGGUAACGCUACCAGUGGCAGUAAAAUCGGUUGCAAAGAAUGUCCAUGUCCUUUGGCUGGAUUAUCAAAUCGUUUCAGCGAGACUUGUUUUAUGGAUGACGAUGGUUUACCAACUUGUGAUGCAUGUCUUGAUGGCUACACAGGGCGAAGAUGUGAAAAAUGUUCUGCUAAUUACACUGGUAAUCCGUUGACUCCUGGAGGGAAAUGCUUCAAGGCUCCAGUGUUACAGAUUUUGCAAAUGAAAAUCAUUCCUGAAAUCUUGACAGUUCAAGAAGGUGACAACGCACGCUUCGUGUGUAACGUAAAAUCCCCGCGUCCAACUAAGGUGAUUUGGUCACGAUCAGAAAGCAAAACGCUGCCACGUGGUUCUACAGUCUAUGGUAACGUUCUCAGCUUCACAUCCUUACAGUUAAGUGAUGCUGGUGCAUAUUGGUGUACGGCGAGCAACGACAUCAGUUUGAAGACCGCACGUGCACAGCUUAUUGUUGAAGAGCAACAAUUAACCGCUGUUAUCGUUGACGUUGCUCCUAAAUCACGCUACAUUCCUGUUGGUGGAACGGCAAAGUUCUUCUGCACAUCUAGAACAUCCUCAAGACAUUCAAUUACUUGGAGUCGAGAACACGACAAGGCGAUGCCUUUAACUAGCCAAAUCAAGGAUGGUUCGUUGAUCAUUACUAAUGCCCAGCUCGAUGAUGGAGGCACGUAUAUUUGUACUGGAAAGAACAGUUUGAAUAUUGAUCGAGCUAUCAUAUCGCUUCAUGUUGGAGUUGUCGUAAAACCUGAAGUGACUGUCUCGCCAAGAAAACAGACUGUAGACGUAGCAAACACGGUGAAAUUCCGUUGUUCCGCAUCCGCAGGCUUUCCGGCUGCUACAUUACAUUGGGAACGUAAGGAUGGUCGCCGUCUUCCGCGUUUCUCUAAAUUUUUCACGCGAACCGGUGUGUUCAAGAUUCUUGCAGCGUCAAGAAGGGAUGAAGGGGAAUAUAGGUGUAUAGCUAGGAAUACAGGUGGUGAAUCAACAAUGGACGUUCUACUUUUAGUCAAAGGUCCUAACAGUGCUCCCACAGUCAACAUGCGACCGGUCAGCGUGACUGUUAACGAAGGUCAAACAACCGUGUUGCGUUGUGACGUCAUGGGAGAAGAACCAAUGGCUAUCACGUGGCAAAAGAAAGAUGGCAAACUUCCUGCAAGAGCAGUCAUGAAUCGAAAUGUCUUGGAGAUAAAGAACACAAGCAUUAGAGAGAGGGACGGUAUAUUUGUACAGCGGUUAAUAAAUAUGGAAAAUCUUCAGCUGUUAGCAGUCUCUUCGUAAAUCGAGAUGUGUCAUCUUUGCCGGAGGUCAGUAUCAAGCCUUCGGGAAAAGUACUCUCUGUAAUGGAAGGCGAGGCUCUUUAUCUCCUAUGCAAAGUUUCCGGUGAUGAAGAAUUGGAAAGUGUGAAAUGGUCACGACGAUCUACGCCGAGUGUGCUCAGUGAUAAUGUCGUGUUGAAAUUGACCAAAGUUAAAGUGGAAGAUACAGGAGUGUAUGAAUGCUCUGUGAAGACAAAAUAUGGA